AUGGGAUCUCCGCAGCGCGACUUUCGCGAUGCGGGUGAUGAAGCGCGGCAUUGGAAGGCGCAGGUGCGGCAGAUGCAGGAGGCAUUGCACGAUGCCGAGGCCGGCCUGCAAGAGUUCAUGGAAUCCAGCAAGGAACUCGAGACGGAGCUCGAGGCGGACAUUGCGCAGAGCACCAAGCGCGCAGAAAAUUUACGCGCGGAGAAUGAGUCGCUGCGAUGCGAUGUAGACGAGUGGCGUUCCAAAUACCAAAAAUCCAUCACGGAGCACAACUCGACAUUGGCCGAUAUGCAUCGCGAGCUCGCGAUGCUGCGCGAAUCGCACAAUGCAUACAAAAGCAAGCUACGGGAUAUGGAACUCGAUAAUGACGAGCUUGAAAAUGCAGAGCGGAUGAUCAAUACGACGCUCGUAGACAUGGAAAUUCGGUACAACCAGGCGGUCGAACGCACCGCCGAGCUCGAGUCCGAGCUGCAGACGAAAGCGCGGCUCGAAGAGGAGAACCAGCGACUAAAGGAUCUGGUGCGCGAUAUGCAAGAAGAGAUGGACGUGCUCAAGGACCGUACACAAACGCUUCAUCCACACGUUCACACAGAGGCGCUGACGCUCGGUGACCUGGUCGUUCACCGCGCGCCUCGGCGCGGCGUUGCAAAAGGCGGUACGUUGGACCGUUUGCGCGAGCACAUGCAGCAGCUGCAGCUGCGCUUGCAAACGGCGCAGAGUGCACCUUUCGCGUCUCGCGCAGAACGGAGUGCAUUGCCCCGUCCUCGCUCAAGUUUAUCGGCGAGCACAAAUGGUGCUGCGUCGCCAUGGCGCAGCACAACACCGAUGGGGCACGCGCCGAUGCGCCCAGAGCGCCCAGAGACUCCGAGUGCGCUCACAAGAGACGAGCGCCGCAAAUCCAAUAGCUUUAUUCCCGUGCCGGCCACUGGUCUCGCCCGGUCUCAAUCGCGCACGCGCACCUCGUCGCGGCUUUCGAUUGCGCCAGAGACAUCGCCGUCGGCUGGGAUGCCGUAUGGGUUCAUGGGCACGGACCCUGCCAUGUCGCCGGUUGCUGCUACGCGGCGUGCGAAUCUUGCGCGGCGCCGGAGCAUGGGCCCCACAGGAGUGUCGAAAGCUGCACUGCCAUCGGUGCGUGCGCCGUCGCCAAGUAAAUUGCGUGCCUCGCCGACCAAGCCAGGGCAAGUCCCAUGGCGCUGA